AUGAACUUCAAACUCCUGUCCCUCCUCCUCGCCGGCCUAGUCACAGCAGGCCCAAUCGAGCAGCGCCAGACUUCAUCCUCAGGCAAUGAGCUCCGCGAUGGUCCCUGCCAACCAGUAACCUUUAUCUUCGCCCGCGCCUCUACUGAACAAGGCCUCCUCGGCGGCUCGACCGGCCCUGCCGUCUGCAACGACCUCAAGAGCGCCCGUAACCAGGAAGUUGCAUGCCAGGGCGUGGGGCCCAAGUACCAGGCGACUCUGGCAGCGAAUUCCCUGCCGGCGGGAACAUCUGAUGAGGCGAUCGAAGAAGCGAAGGGAUUGUUUGAGCAGGCGGCGAGCAAGUGUCCCGAUACGCAGAUUGUGGCGGGAGGCUAUAGCCAAGGAACGGCCGUCAUGCACGGCGCCAUCCCCAAACUGUCCGAUGCUAUCAAGGACCAAAUCAAGGGAGUCGUCUUGUUCGGAGAUACCCGCAACCAGCAAGACAACGGGCAGAUUCCAGACUUCCCUAAGGAUAAGACCAAGAUUUAUUGCGCGGUUGGGGACCAGGUCUGCCAUGGGACAUUGAUUGUUGCGGCGCCGCAUUUCUCUUACGUUGCUGAUGCGGGGGAUGCGAGCAGGUUCUUGGUGGAGAAGCUGGAUUGA